AACUUAAAGUGCUCACACAAGGAGUCAUAAUGAAAUUCUUCAACAAAUCAUAUUUCAUAUUAAAUUUCAUUUUAACAAUAAUACUAAUAAUAACUAAGAUAAAAGAUACUCGUGCAGCAACAAUAACAACAAAGACAAAUAUUGUAGCAGAAAAUAUUGUUGUAAAUGAUUUAUAUUUGCAACGUAUUAAAUCCAACUUAAAUGCCACAACAAAUCCCUGUGAAGACUUCUACGAGUACACAUGCGGUAAUUGGCACAAAAACUAUAAUGGCACGGAAUAUAUCGAUAUGCCCGGUUACAUGGAUUACACUGUCAAUCAACAAUUCGCCCAGAUAAUAAAGAAUAUAAUGAAUAACACUCAAGUGUAUGGACGACUAUUGGAUGUCUAUGAUUCGUGUGUAAAUCUAGAGACUUUAGCUUUGAAUCGUUUUCUGACGAUGGUUCAGGAGGAGCUUUAUAUGAAAUGGCCAUUAUUUAGUUUGAACGAGACCCAGUGGCAAAAUCAAACAGACUUUGAUUGGCUUGCCACCAUAGCUAUGUUGAGGAAAUAUGGUUUUAAUGGUGUUUUUGUUACACAAAAUAUAAAUGUCUUGCCUAGCAAUGGUUCACAUUAUGUAGUGGAAAUUACACAGCAUGCAGGCGGCAGUUCUUUUGAAUUUGAUGAAUUGGAAGAGAUAUUUAUAAAUUUUGGUUUCUAUCACAACGAGAGUCAUUUGCUAACCAGUGAAGUGAUGAAAUUGGAAAAGGCUGUCACAAAACUGGCUCAAGUUAAAUAUGUCAAUGAGACGGAAGAGCGCAAGUAUAGUGAUAAUUUCAAGUUGUAUACAUUAGAGCAAUUUCAAGAAUUAAUACCACAAGUGGAUUGGCAUAAAUAUUUCGCCAUAACCUUAAAUCGUUCAGAUAAUUUAAGUGAUCUGCCCGUGCAAAGUUUUGCCUUGGAUACGGAAUUCUUUAAAAAUCUCAAUGAACUCUUCGAAAGCACUUCCAAUGAAACUAUAGCUUACUAUAUAAUGCUGAAAUUUAUGCUUUAUAUUAAUACCAAUUUACCGCAGCAACGUCCCAAAGAUUGUAUUAAAUACUUAAGAUCCUAUAUGCCGGUCUAUAUGAAUUUUCUUUAUGAAGGUUUUCUUUUUAAAACGAAACGCUCAAAAAUGGAAUUGGCUUUAGAAAAAAUAUUUGAAAAUCUUAAAUUAGAAUUUAAAGCAAUGGUACAAGAAAAUCAUUUAAAAUUAGAUGCAGAAGAACAACAAUUUAUUAUAAAGGAGCUGCAAACUAUGCAAUUGAAAAUUGGCAAUUUGCCGGUUAAUUGCACGGAACAGUUUGUGUCUAAAUACUAUGAAACUUUAAUUACAAAUGACACUGAUUUCUUUUUUAAUCACUUGGAACUGUUGAAAUUUUUUGUUUUCCAGGAAUACCAAAAACUAGAGAAUGUUUAUAUACCCUUUUCACAGAAGAUCUUUGAUUUGGAUCCUUCCACCUUCUCCUCCUCGUCACCGGUUAAGAUAUUUGAUAAUGCCAUUCUAAUACCUUAUGGUUAUUUGCAAAUGCCUUUAUUUGAUGCUCAGCUACAUGAAAUCUAUCAGUAUUCACAUUUUGGCUUCAUUCUAGCCCAUGAAAUAAUACAUGCCUACGAUCUGUUUCACAUAAUCUACGAUCAUCAGGGCAACUAUAAUUGGUUGGGUUCGCGUGUUGCCUCCCAUUAUUUUCCUUAUAUACAGUGUUAUGCCCACAGUCCUAGUGAUAUUUUAUCUGAAAAUAUUGCCGAUAUUUCGGGUUUACGUUUGGCUUAUCGCACCUAUCGGAACAUGUUACAAGAUUUGACAGAUUUCAAUUUGGACUUUAUGAAUCUCAGCAAAGAACAGUUUUUCUUUGUUAAUUCCGUGCAGUUUUUAUGUGCAAAUGUUAAUAAGAUAUCAAAUUUAGAUUUGGUCACUUUAGAUUUGAGUCAUGAUAUGCAUGAUACACGUGUUCGCCGCAACUGGGGAAAUUAUGAAGAGUUUGGCCGUGUUUUCGAGUGUGCCCAGAAUUCGAGCAUGUAUCCAGCGGAAACGUGUCGUUUGUGGUGAUUUAGUGUUGGUGUGUGUGUGGGAGAUUUUAGUUAUAAGUGCGAAAUUGUUUAAAUUGUAAGAUAAUUUAAGAUUAUAUGAGAUUAUAAUAAUAAUAAUAAUGUUU